ACUGACGUGAUGUAGGAUUAUUUGUAUUCAGGCAAAUUUGUAGCCGCUCCGGGUCCUGAACCACAAUUGCAUAGGUCAGGAUUCGUUGCAGUGCAGUCUCCUUCAGCUCGCCCUCCAGCCGGUGACGCCUGUCUGUGCCGUGUGUUGUGAGGAACAUCUCAAAUAAAGUCAUUUAGUUCAUAACUUGCACCAUCGUCACCUGUUACAAUGGCCGUGCCUCCCACAUACGCUGAUCUGGGCAAGUCUGCUAAAGACAUCUUUAACAAGGGCUAUGGGUUUGGCAUGGUCAAACUGGAUGUCAAGACAAAGUCAGCCAGUGGAGUGGAAUUCAAAACAUCUGGUUCCUCCAACACUGAUACCAGCAAAGUUGCCGGCAGCCUGGAAACCAAAUACAAGCGACCAGAAUAUGGUCUGACCUUCACUGAGAAGUGGAAUACCGACAACACCUUGGGAACUGAAAUCACUGUUGAAGAUCAGAUCGCAAAGGGACUGAAGUUGACUUUUGACACAACCUUCUCCCCCAACACCGGAAAGAAGAGCGGUAAAGUUAAGACGGCGUACAAGCAUGAGUACGUCAAUCUGGGUUGUGAUGUUGACUUUGACUUUGCGGGCCCAACGAUCCACGGAGCGGCUGUGGUCGGCUACGAGGGAUGGCUCGCAGGCUAUCAGAUGAGCUUCGACACUGCCAAGUCCAAAAUGAUUCAGAACAACUUUGCCAUCGGCUACAAGACAGGGGACUUCCAACUACACACUAAUAUCAAUAACGGAGCUGAGUUUGGUGGCUCCAUCUAUCAGAAGGUCAGCAACCAUUUGGAAACCGCAGUCAGCCUGGCGUGGACCGCUGGCAACAAUAACACACAGUUUGGUAUCGGGGCCAAAUACCAGCUGGACAAAGAUGCCUCCAUCAAUGCUAAAGUGAACAACAAUAGUCUAGUUGGUGUUGGCUACACUCAAACUCUUAGACCAGGUGUGAAACUCACCCUCUCUGGUCUGGUUGAUGGAAAGAACAUCAAUGCUGGCGGUCACAAGUUGGGCCUGGGCUUAGAACUCGAAGCCUAAGUGUUCCAUAUGCUUGAAGGGAAAUGGAGAAUAUCAAGAAUCAUGUCCAACUCAAACCAGCAAAAGGAAAUCAUGGAGAGAGAGCGAUUGGUUCAAAGGCUACAGCAACAAACUAGUACCAUUUCAAAGUGGUGCUUUUGUCUUUGGUGUAUUUUACCUGUUGUUGCUUUUUAUUUUGCCGUUGCAUCCACUCAAAAGAUGCUUCUUUGGGAUUAUUUAUGAAUCGUAUAAUUUUUCUUGUCCCAUCUUUUCCACCACCGCCAAAUGAAGUUGAUUAUUACUAAUUCUGUGGAAUGUCACCGGCUCUGUGACCUUUUUGAUCAACGUCCCAAACACUCCAGUUUUACGUGAGUUCCACAUAUCUUAAUGCUGAGGGUUGCCAUGCUAUCUGAUACUUACUAUUAUAAUCAUGUGAUAUUCCUGACCAUCCACCAGUUCUCAUUUCCAGAAAUUUAGAAAUACACUAAGCUUUUUCUGUUAUUUGAAACUUCUUUGUCCUCCUUGCUCACGCAGACGAGGACACACUGAAGUUUGGUUUUACGUCGGUUGUUGGGGUUUCUGACAUUUUGCAGCUGCACAGGUGACCUCUUAAACUCUGUGGCAUUUUCUAGGGCUGCUUAAUGUUGGAUGUAAAUGUUUAAAGACAAAUGCACGACUGGUUGACCUGGUAGAAUGAGGUUUUGUUUCUUCUGCAGUAACCAACACCUAGGAACCACUGACCUGCAAUGCGUAAUGCCAAACUAAAUUUCUUCAAAAGGAGGUGUAACUUAAAGUUUCUCUUGUGCACUGAUAAGCUGCAUCCUUCUUCUGGGUGGGGACUGAUGCCAGUGACAUUGUGAAUGCGUAUGUACACAUUUUCAAUAAAGUCUUGGAACUCCACCAAUGCA